AUGAGGCAAGAUGAAGUCAUGAAUCAGGCCCGUCUGCUGGACUUGUUGUGCAGUCAAGUCUUGGCUCAUUCCGAGAUUGACAGAUCUGAGAUAGCGGAAAAAGAAGCUUUCCGCCAACGCAUACAGCACAUUUGCCGCGAAGUCAUCUGCCAGUUUGAGGAACAGCAGGAUGUAAACAAUAGGAUCCCCCCUAUUUCGGUGGAACUCAAGUGCUUCGGUAGCUUGGCUUCUGGGUUUGCCACAAAGGCGUCAGACUUGGACCUCGGCUUGGUCUCACCUCUGUCCAAGAUCCCUCCCGAUGCUCCUGGGUCACCCAUACCUCGUCUGAUAGAAAAAGCCUUCCUGCAGGCGGGCCUCGGCGCUAGACUUCUCAGUCGCACAAGGGUCCCAAUCAUCAAGAUCUGCGAGCGCCCUUCUGUAGAGCUUCUCAGAGGCCUCCAUGAAGAGCGUGAGAAAUGGGAGCGUGGCGUUGACAAAGAGGCCCAGUCUGGUGCCGCUGAAGCAGAGCCUGAUAACGACGGCUCUGUUCAUGGAGGCGACGACGAUGACCACACGCAAAGUGGGACGGCCGAUGCCGGACCGGGUUCCUUGGGCGAGUUCGAGAUCAUCUGCAAGGAUUCUGCCGAACCACGGCGCUUUCAACUCCAACAGGGACCCAAAAACUCUUUGGAUUCCUACUACGGCCUGGCCAAGCGUAUUCUACGAAGGGCCGGUGGAUUCGAUGUCACUGCCUCGAACUACAGAGACUUCACGGAAUCCGACUGGGACAUUCUAAACAGGGUCUGCGACGCAUUCAUUCAGGGGCUAGCGGAUGCUUCCUUGCGAGACCAUGUUGCCACAUUACCCUCCAUCGCUGCGGCGGGUGUGCCUUCGAACGCAGCUCACCAUCGGUCUCUCUUUGGACUAUUCAUGCAGGUAGAAGGAGAGCACAUAUUACGCCGGUGGGAAUCAUGGCGAGAGGGCCUUCCUCUCAGACAGCUGGAAGAUGACAAGUGGAUCAGACAAUGGGAAUCUCUGCAGCAUAAGCUGCCGUUCGAUAUCGACCCCGUUUCGUACAACCGGGAACUUCAACUCGGCCUCGAAAAGAUUAAGAAGAUUCCUUCUAUACAGCUACUGCUGCUUGAGCAGGAGCAACAAGAGACGCCCGCGCAGUAUUACACCAGAAUGACCAACGUCAUCCAGAGCUUAAGGGGCUCAGCAUCAGCAGCACCACAUGCCAUAGUCCGACGAUACGUGGACGGAGUGUUCCAGGAAGAAAUACGACAGCAACUAAGCGAUUAUCUCGAACAAUUUCCAGAGCAGGCAACGAUCCAAGCGGUAGGAUGUCGCCAUAAGAGCAUCCAUCUGGCCAACGAGCUGGAAAAGGCUGUUGAAAGCAACUUAUACGACGCUGUCAGUGUGCCGUAUAUCACGAGAUACAUCGAGCUAUUGCGGCAGCCCCUCCAGAUGAGAGUGAUAGCACCAGGGAAGACUCGCUAUGUCGUGCCAAUCCCGGCCGAGUUUGCUGCUACUUUUGCCAAGAUCAAGACGCUCACUGAUCCCCAUACACUGGCGCCAAACCAGCCGCGUGAGAGGUAUCGAGAUCCGCUGGAGUUCCCCAAGACAGACGUCGGCGUGCAAUGCGAUAUCAACUUUUCUGCCCAUCUGGCUCUCCAGAACACGCUUCUGCUGCGGUGCUACUCGCAUACGGAUCCGAGGGUUCGACCCAUGAUCUUGUUUGUCAAGCACUGGGCCAAAAUGCGAGGCAUCAACUCUGGAUAUCGCGGCACUCUGAGCAGCUAUGGCUAUGUGUUGAUGGUGCUGCACUAUCUCGUCAAUGUUGCGCAACCUUUUGUUUGUCCGAAUCUCCAACAACUUGCACCGCCGCCUCCCAGCAACUUGUCUCCGGCCGAGAUACAGUCCACGAUACAUUGUCGAGGUUAUAACAUACAGUUUUGGAGAAACGAGGAAGAAAUCAUACGGCUAGCAUCCCAAAAUCAGCUGAAUCGGAAUACCGAGAGUGUUGGGCAUUUGCUGCGAGGAUUCUUUGAGUACUAUGCUCAAACCGGCCUCAUGAGCAAUGGCCUCAACAGGGGGUUCGACUGGGGCCGCAACGUCAUAAGCUUGCGAACUCAUGGAGGCAUACUGACAAAGCAAGAAAAGGGCUGGACAGGGGCAAAGACUGUCUAUGAGGUCCAGAACGCAGCUGGUGAUUCAACGACCCAGUCUGCUCCCGCACAGCCGAAUUCCCAACCGCAGGCCACCCCGCCAGCCACUAAGAGUGGCGAUGUCAAGGAGAUUCGGCUUCGAUACCUCUUCGCCAUUGAGGAUCCAUUCGAGAUAGACCACAACGUGGCUCGAACGGUUACGCACAACGGAAUCGUCUCGAUCCGCAAUGAGUUCCGUCGGGCUUGGAGGAUACUUCGCGCGGCUGGCAAUGGGGACGUUCAAGAGAACCUGUUGCAGGACAUUGAAGAGGAGGAGGGGAAUGUCCCGGCUACGUUUCAGCAAUUGCUGUCAGACAUACACGACAUCACUCCUGUAUGA